AUGAUUUCAACUCUUUUGAAACGAAGUGACUUUCUCAAGAAGAAACUAUUAAAAAUGCUUCUACAUUUGUCGAUUUGCAAGCCAAAAAAAAGUUAUUCGCGCUUAAAACUGGUUUCGAGGCAAUGUUUGAGCAAUAUAUGCCACUUUUGCGCAAACUUUGUACCGAACUCAAGGGAUCGAUUCAAACUCUUGAGAAUGUCGCCUUUUCGGAGGAUUAAAUUGGCCAUGCAAAAGGUGAUAUUUUUC